CGCCCAGCAUCGCUCGGACCCAGCGGCCUUCGGCCUCGGCGGCUCGGCUCGGCUUCCAAGUUCCAAGUCAAGUCGUCUCUCACACUCGCCACCUUCCUGGCAUAAACCGCGGACAGCGCAAGCAUAGAGUCCCCAGGUCUGGUCAGCGCGGCCAUCUUUCAUUCACGUUUGCAGUGUGAGUGUUUCUUGAUUCUCUUCAUCCUUUUGUUGCUUCGUUGCUACGGACGCUGUCAUCAUCACUCAUUACCUGUCCACUAGUCAGUCUCAGAUUUCUGAGCUCAGACGCCUACCAAUUUGUCCGUUCCCACACUAACGCUCCCCAAAAUUCCGACUGAUUCCUCCACCUCUUCCGAGUUCCCCAGAAUCCCCAGUUUGAUGCUGCCCACCGAUUGGAUCUUGUUCGAUUUCUCCGUUCUGCAGAUCCUGUGCGCAUCCGCUCCAGGGAGUAGUAGCCCUUGCUCGGCUUCCUUCCUCCCCCACCGAUGCUCAGAUCGUUCAAUCCGCGCCGAUUCUGAGUUCUUGGCCCUACCCGGCGUCAAAGUCUAGAGCUUCAAUUUCCAGGCAAAGAUUGGGGAUUCCUGCUCGUGGUCGUGGCGAUGGAGUUCGUGGCGUCCAUCAUCGACACGGUGUUCCGGCCGCUCAAGGACUACUUCGCGCGGACCGUCGGCUACGUCAUGUCCUGCGGCGACUACAUCGACGCGCUGGGCCACGAGAUGAACGAGCUCAAGAGCAAGCGCGACGACGUCAAGCGCAUGGUCGACGCCGCCGAGCGCCAGGGCAUGGAGGCCACCAGCCAGGUCAAGUGGUGGCUCGAGUGCGUCGCCCUGCUCGAGGACGCCGCCGCGCGGAUCGCCGACGAGUACCAGGCGCGCCUGCACCUCCCGCCCGACCAGGCCCCCGGGUACAAGGCCACCUACCACCUCAGCAAGCAGGCCGACGAGGCUCGCGACGAGGCUGCGGGCCUCAAGGAGAAGGCCGACUUCCACAAGGUCGCCGACGAGCUCGUGCAGGUCCGCUUCGAGGAGAUGCCGAGCGCGCCGGUCCUCGGCAGGGACGCGCUGCUCCAGGAGCUCCACACCUGCGUCCGGGACGGCGGCGUGGGCAUCGUCGGCAUCUACGGCAUGGCGGGGGUCGGCAAGACCGCGCUGCUCAACAAGUUCAACAACGACUUCCUCAUCAACUCCCAUGACAUCAAUGUCGCCAUCUACAUCGAGGUCGGCAAGGACUUCGAUCUCAACGACAUCCAGAGGAUCAUCGGCGACCGCCUCGGUGUGUCUUGGGAGAACCGGACACCCAAGGAGCGCGCCGGUGUGCUCUACAGGGUGCUCAGCAAGAUGAACUUUGUGCUGCUGCUGGACGACGUUUGGGAGCCACUCAAUUUCAGGAUGAUUGGCAUCCCGGUGCCCAAGCACAACUCCAAGAGCAAGAUCGUGUUGACAACGAGGAUCGAGGAUGUGUGCGACCGAAUGGACGUCCGCCGCAAGCUCAGGAUGGAUUGUCUUCCCUGGGAGCCCGCGUGGGAGCUCUUCCGUGAGAAGGUUGGCGACCACCUGAUGGGUGCUAGCCCUGAGAUCCGGCAGCAAGCGCAGGCGCUGGCCAUGAAGUGUGGCGGGCUGCCCCUCGCGCUCAUCACUGUUGGCCGGGCGAUGGCCAGCAAGCGCACUGCAAAAGAGUGGAAGCACGCCAUCACUGUGCUAAAGAUUGCCCCAUGGCAGCUUCUUGGCAUGGAGUUUGAUGUUCUUGAGCCUCUCAAGAAGAGUUAUGAUAACCUGCCCAGUGACAAGCUAAGGCUCUGCCUGCUAUAUUGCUCACUGUUCCCAGAGGAGUUCUCUAUUUCCAAGGAUUGGAUCAUAGGCUACUGCAUCGGUGAAGGUUUCAUAGAUGACUUGUAUACUGAGAUGGAUGAAAUAUACAACAAGGGGCAUGACCUUCUUGGUGAUCUCAAGAUUGCCUCUUUGCUGGAGAAAGGCGAAGAUGAGGAUCACAUCAAGAUGCAUCCUAUGGUCCGUGCCAUGGCUCUGUGGAUAGCAUCGGAUUUUGGCACCAAGGAGACCAAAUGGCUUGUUCGUGCUGGAGUUGGGCUGAAGGAGGCACCAGGCGCAGAGAAAUGGAAUGAUGCUGAGCGGAUUUCUUUCAUGCGGAACAACAUUCUUGAGUUGUAUGAGAAGCCUAAUUGCCCCUUACUGAAGACUUUGAUGCUACAAGGCAAUCCUGGGUUGGACAAGAUAUGCGAUGGCUUCUUCCAAUACAUGCCAUCUCUCAGAGUGUUAGAUCUGUCGCAUACUUCUAUCAGCGAAUUACCUUCAGGGAUCAGUUCAUUGGUUGAGCUGCAGUACCUGGAUUUGUAUAACACAAACAUCAGGUCACUUCCAAGGGAGCUAGGAUCUCUAUCAACUCUGCGGUUCUUGCUUCUCUCACAUAUGCCACUGGAAAUGAUCCCGGGUGGUGUUAUAUGCAGCCUCACAAUGCUGCAAGUUCUGUACAUGGAUCUCAGCUACGGAGAUUGGAAGGUUGGUGCAAGUGGGAAUGGUGUUGAUUUUCAAGAGCUUGAGAAUCUGCGUAGGCUCAAGGCGCUGGACAUCACAAUACAAUCUGUUGAGGCCCUGGAACGGCUGUCACGGUCAUAUCGUCUUGCUGGUUCCACAAGAAACCUACUGAUAAAGACAAGCUCCAGCCUGACGAAGAUAGAGCUUCCUUCGAGCAACCUGUGGAAGAACAUGACUAACCUGAAGAGAGUGUGGAUUGUGAGCUGCAGCAACUUAGCUGAGGUAAUCAUUGAUAGCAGCAAAGAAGCUGUUAAUAGCAAUGCGCUCCCCCGUUCCAUCUUGCAAGCUCGGGCAGAACUUGUCGAUGAAGAGCAGCCAAUCCUUCCAACCCUACAUGAUAUCAUCCUUCAGGGACUCCAUAAGGUAAAGAUCAUCUACAGAGGCGGAUGUGUACAGAAUCUAGCAUCAUUGUUCAUCUGGUAUUGCCAUGGCCUGGAAGAGCUGAUUACUGUCAGCGAAGAGCAUGACAUGUCGGCAAGUGGCGGUGGACAAGGUUCAGCAGCGUUUAGAGUCAUCACACCCUUCCCCAACCUCAAGGAACUGUAUCUCCAUGGCUUGGCAAAGUUCAGGAGGCUGAGCAGCAGUACAUGUACACUGCACUUCCCAGCGCUGGAGAGCCUGAAAAUUAUCGAGUGCCCGAAUUUGAAGAAGCUGAAACUUUCUGCUGGAGGACUCAAUGUGAUACAAUGCACCAGGGAAUGGUGGGAUGGGCUGGAGUGGGAUGAUGAGGAAGUCAAAGCUUCUUAUGAUCCAUUGUUCCGCCCAUUGCACUGAAUUCAGUUUUGGUUGCUAGAGAUUCUGUUAUUUUAGAGAUUGCUCUUCCCCGUGGAUACAACAGAUCGCGUGAAUUCAGAUAUUGCUAGUCUGCAGUGGGUGUAAUCUUUUCUUAUUUGAUUUGAUCGUUUGUGUAGUUCAGGAUUGCUGGGCUGUGUUGUCCAUCUUGUAAAUACAAGUUGGGCGAUUCUAUUUUUUUGCACAGCCCGUGUUCUAGAAAUACAGAAUGAUCAAUUAGCAUGUGUGGCAGACUGGCAGCCAGGAAACUAGCAAAUGUAACUAUAGAGUUCUCCAGAACAGUAUGACUGGUGGAUACCAGUACAACCGUUUUCUCAAAUUCUCUGUUUCUGCUUUCUUUGAGAAA